CAGCAGCUCGUGGAGCCCAAGGAGGCGGGCGGGCGCGCGGGGCUCUCCCCUUCCUGCUCCCCGCCCUGGGUGUGGUGGCUCCUCGUCUGCUGGAGAGGAAAAGGAAAAGGAAGGGUCAACUCAGGCUCCAUUUUGCUCCUGCCUCGCCAUGUUUCGCUUCCUGCGGGGCUGGGUGCUCCCGGAGGCCGCCUGCCAAGCCCCCGAGCCUCCGCCAUCCCGGUAUGAGAGCCUCUUCAAGAAGCUAGACCUCAAUGAGGACGGCCGGGUGGACAUCGCCGAGCUGCAGGCCGGCCUCAAGGCGCUGGGCAUCCCCUUGGGCGAGGACGCCGAGAAGAAAAUUUUCAGAGCUGGUGAUACUAACCAGGAUGGCAGACUGGACUUUGAAGAAUUCACGCAGUAUCUUAAAGAUCAUGAGAAGAAAAUGAAACUAGCCUUUAAAAGUUUGGACAAAAACAAUGACGGAAAGAUUGAUGCAUCUGAGAUUGUUCAGUCCCUCAAGAUACUGGGUAUAGAUAUUUCAGAAAAACAAGCCACAAGGAUUCUACAAAGCAUGGAUGCUGAUGGGACCAUGUCAGUGGACUGGAAUGAGUGGCGGGACCAUUUUUUAUUUAAUCCAGCUACGGACAUUCAGGGCAUCAUUCGUUACUGGAAGCAUUCCACAGUGUUGGACAUUGGAGAUAGCUUAACUAUCCCAGACGAGUUCACUGAAGAAGAGAAAAAGACCGGUCAGUGGUGGAAGCAGCUUUUGUCUGGCGGCGUUGCUGGUGCAGUCUCUCGGACGGGCACCGCACCACUUGACCGCCUUAAAGUCAUGAUGCAGGUUCAUGGUUCAAAAGGGAAAAUGAACAUAGCAGGUGGUUUGCAGCAGAUGGUGAAAGAAGGAGGAGUCCGUUCUCUCUGGAGGGGAAAUGGUGUUAAUGUUGUUAAAAUUGCACCUGAAACAGCUAUCAAGUUCUGGGCAUAUGAACGGUAUAAGAAGAUGUUUGUUGAUGAAGAUGGAAAGAUCGGGACUAUGCAAAGGUUUAUAUCUGGUUCCCUGGCUGGGGCAACUGCACAGACUUCUAUUUAUCCUAUGGAGGUGUUAAAGACCAGACUGGCUGUGGGUAAAACGGGACAAUACUCUGGAAUGUUUGACUGUGCAAAGAAAAUUCUCAGAAAAGAAGGUGUGAUGGCCUUUUACAAAGGUUAUAUUCCCAAUAUUUUGGGCAUAAUUCCUUAUGCUGGCAUAGACCUGGCUGUUUAUGAGGCAUUGAAGAAGACAUGGCUAGAAAAAUAUGCAACUGACUCAGCCAACCCUGGAGUGCUUGUAUUGCUGGGAUGUGGUACUUUGUCCAGUACCUGUGGCCAGUUAGCCAGUUAUCCUCUUGCCCUUAUCCGAACUCGAAUGCAGGCGCAAGCCAUGGUGGAUGGUGGCCCUCAGCUCAAUAUGGUUGCUCUAUUCCAAAGAAUAAUUGCUCAGGAAGGACCUCUGGGACUUUAUAGAGGCAUUGCUCCUAACUUCAUGAAGGUGCUUCCUGCCGUCAGCAUCAGUUAUGUGGUCUAUGAGAAGAUGAAGGAGAACCUGGGAAUAGCGUGAAAGAAGGGAGCAAAGUGAGAGGUCAUUAUGGAAUAUGUACACCAAAAGCAACCUUAUUGGAUGCAAAAUUUAUCUAUGUUUACAACUGUCCCCUUGUAAAGAUUCUGGGGGAAAAAAUCUACGUUUGCAAAUAUCCGCACACAUGAAACAAUCACGAACCCGGUACCUUAAAAAAGACACUCCUUCGGUUCCCUAAUCCUCAACCAUGAAGAAAUGUUUCAUUGCACAUUCAGCUGCAUGCUGGAAGAUCCCCACCUUUAGUCAAGUAAAUUGAUUUUUCUCAUCUCCCUAAAACAUGUUUGGGGAGGCUAAAGAUAAUAUAAGAAAUGGUAUCUUCAUUCAGAGAAUUAUGACACCCCUUACAUACCAAAGACAAAGGUGAGGUGAUUGUACCUUUGCUUUUCUAGUCUUCUAAUGGGAAAAAUUGAGAUAAUAAAAAUGACAUUACAAGUUUUUCUUAAAAAGGUUUUUAAGCUCUGUUAAAUAACAUGAUAGGAAUAGAGAUGGGAAGGGCUGGGAAAAAAAUUAGAAACAUUGGGGGGAAAACAGUUUAUUCCCAUUUUUUCCAAAGUCAUUUUUUCCCAGAAAAACUGAAAAAAAAGUGUGUAGAAACAAAAAGUCUGAGAAACCUUUCAUUAAGGUCUUCAUGUUAUAUAGUUUAAAUACCAUGUAAUAGAUAUUUUAUUUAUCAUUAGAAUAGAACAUAUUUUACACACCUUUCAAUUUUUCUGGAAAAAAUGGCUUUAGAAAAAAACAGGAAAAAAAAUCCAAAAUUUUUCUAUUUUUUUUCCAGGCCUUCCCAUUUCUAGAUAGGAACCCAUGUAAAUGUUUAGUUAUUAGAUAUGUAAUUCAUUCCUCCCAUUAGUUAAAAUAUUGAGAGAAAUUGGGUACGGCCUACUGGGAACAACUUUACUUGGUGUGUUGGUAAGGUGAAGUUAAUGUGAAUUGGAUGGCUGUUUUUUUCACCCAUUUCUAAUGAUUUCUGGGCAAUUUAAACACAGUGUGGUCCUGGUCCAUCUAAAAUUAGUAUUUUAUUAAAUCACAAUAUGCAAUCACAAUUAAGUCUGAUUUGCCUCCACCGAACUUGGUUGGAACUGACUGGCAGAACACUUUAUUGGGAAGCAGCUUCAUUGGUCAGAGAUUUCAAUUCCAUUUGAGUACACAUAUUUAGUUCCUUAUGGGUUAAUUUCAAUAUAACACGUGUAAAAGCUCAAGCAAAAUGCAAAGAUGUCCUUGAGACUGACUGCUAUUUGCUUCAGUAUCCUGGCCUUUGGGGGGAAUUACGCUUUAUUGUUCCAGAUCUCCCUUGUAAUUUCAAACCCUGUGAUAAUAUUACUUUGAGCUAAUGAUUCAUUACACAUUUAUUGUAUUAAUGGGAAUGCUGAUUAUGUGAGAGGCUGACAAAUACAAUUCACACCAAGAAUAAGAGUGACGUACUUUCUACAGAAACCAUUAUUUUGUCUUUUUGAAAAUGGCAUUGGAAAGCUGCCUAUCUUUCCUCUUGAACCCAAAAAUUACAUAUGAUUUUGGCUGAGAGAAAGAAGUUUACUGAUCGUGUGGAAAGUUGUAGGAACAUUCCCAUCAAGGUGUCACAUUUACUAAAAUUAUUGUAAGCAACGGCUAGCCAAGUCAUAAGCCUAUUGAUCAGACCACAGAUGCAUAAAAAAGUUUAGGAUGAAAAAACUGUCCUUUGUAACCUAUUGAGAUUUUUAAAUGAAUGAAUAUUUUAAAAUUAAUUUUAAAAGUGUCUGCGAACUGAAAUGAAAGACUAUGGUUGUUGCACGUUGAAUGAUAUUUAUACAUAUCACUGAAAACUAAAUUACAUAUGGACCUUGGAUAUUAAAAUAUGUGGCUUUUCUUUAAGAUAUAAUUAAUCUUCCCAACCUUAGAACACGGUCCAUGAGUGAGUAUGAUAUGGAAAACCACAUUUCAGGGAUUAGUUUGGGUGGUUUUUUCGAGCUUCUAAGGCUGAUUCUAUGAUUUAGGUUGCAUGUUACACAGAAGCUGUGUUGUUGUCCUUUUGAACAAACCUAUUUUCUUGUCCCAGAGGAAUUAGUCAAAUGAGGAACUAAUUAUUUCAUGCCAUCAUGUAUGCAACCCGCACGGACAGAUGCAGUAUAUACAGGGUAAAUAGUAACUGUUUACUCAUUUGUGACUGCUCUUUCCAAUGAUCACAAUUUUCAAAAAAUGUAAGUUGGCUUCUCCAAUUCAUACCACCACCCCCUUUUUGUGAUUGUAUGCAGCAGAUGUUUUAUACUACAAUCUGUUUCUAGGAACAGCCUAGAUCAGAACAUACUUGUUAUGGCUGUUUUGCUCCAUGCAUGUCUUUUGCAGUCCAUCCCAAGAUUAAUGGGUUGGUCUUAGAUAUUUAUGUCAAUAAUCUGCUUUUGCCUGAUAAACACUCCUUUCCAUAUGUGGGAACUAAAAAAAGAUAAAGAAAAGUUGAGUGCUGUUAAUAUGGACUUCUUCUCUGAUGCUGUUUUUUUCUGAGUUUUCGCCAAAGAAAGUUUCUUGGGACGCAAGUGAUCAAGACUACAGAUAAAUAAAAAUAAAAUCCACCAGUGGGUUGGCAUAGAGAGCAAAAGUUAUUUCUGCAAACAGUACACUUUACAAAAGAACCCACUUUUAAGAUUGCAGGGUAAAACUAUGAGCACAAUCUAUGAAGCAAACUUUAAAGUUCUUAUUCUUUCCAGUGGGGUUUGGAUGGGUUGUGCCCAGUGGACUGUGGUCAAGACAACCUUUUUAGAUUGGAUCCUGUCUUGUAGAAACAUUGAGUUUUUACAUUGAAUCAAAACCAAAGAAUUGUUUAAGUAAAGGCUUAAUACAAGGUGCCGUCCCUCCUUUACAACUUUGCUUUUAAUGUCUUUGGUUUUUUGGUGCAUUUUCUUUUCUACGUUUUUGCUUUCACCUUUGAAAUAUUUGUUUUGCAUACAUUUCUAAGUGGUGUGUGAACAGGUUUCAGUAUAUUUUCUUGUAAAAGUGCCCUUAUGAAAAUGUUAGGGUUGGCGAUGUAUUUUUUAUUUUUGAAAGAAUGAGAAUGAGACAGUGCUGUCAGUGUGAUUGCUUUACUUGGUGCCUACAUUGGGAUGGGUUCUAAUUGUGUAUGCUUUGGUGAGUUAUUCAAUGAAAGCAAAGCUGAUCGCCUUUUGUAAACCUAUCUAUCAUACGUGUUUAUAAUAAAUGCGGUUUUGUAAUAA